AUGAAGUCCCUUUGGAAGAGAGUGCUGCCUUUGGACCGGCGACGAGGAUUCCAUCAGCAGAAGGAUGGCUUCUCUGGGCGAAGCAAAAUGCGAUACUUUUGGUUGGUGCUUGUCUGCACAAUAGCGUCACAUUUCAUCCUGACAACCUUGUAUGUGCCCGCCCAAACCCUCGGAUUGUUGGAGAGCAUGAUAUCCACGGCCACCGAAGAAGAAAACCGUGUGGAGCGCAAAAAGUUUGAACUGUUCAGUUUGUCGAAUUUUGAUGCCGAGCAGGAACGAGAGACGCACGAACAAGUGCAUCAUGAGAAAAACCGCAAGAAAUUUGAGUUAUUUGCUCUGGGCGGUUCCAAGGAUUCUGUGAUCAAGAGCAAGAAGGAAUCAUCACGAGAAAAAGCAACCAGCAAAGAAUCCCUCCAAUCAACACAGCUCUACACUUAUAAUGUUCCAUCGUGCCAGGAAAGUGCUAAUACUAGUACCACCGUGGCCGAGAGUGAACCCAUCAUUUUCGAACCAUCCAUUGUCCCUAAAUCUGUGUUGAUUCGAGGAGGUGGACUCCUGCAGAUAAAAGUCGGUCAGUACCGAUUCCAUCUUGGGUCCGUCAUGGAAUCUGAAGGAUGCGUGGAUCUUUAUGAAUCAAUCCUGGCAAACCAAGCACCCGUACAAUUCACACUGCUCCCUGACAAGCACCCGAGAGUUCUGUCACGGAGCAAGCAGAUUCCAGACACGUUACAGCAACAAUUCUCUACAGCAACAGACCUAUCCCAGCCUCACACCAAAAUAGUCUUUAGUGCAACAUCCAGUGACUACUUUGGUUAUCAAGUCUAUGCUCAUGCUCUGGGGUUCCUUCAGUCCAACCAAACCAAUGCCAGCUGGAUGAGAUUGUUGACGGCACGAAUACCAGACGACCUCUCGGAAAGAUUCCCAACAUUCACAGCACCCCAGUCCAUUUACAGUAGGGAAUAUGCCCCCAUCAACAAGGCUGAUGUCAUUGACAAGUGGAUGCACUCUGCAGAUGCACCUCACCCAGAUGACACUAUUGUGGUGAUUGACCCCGACAACUGGCUGCUAAAGGAUGUACACAAGUGGACUAGAGAUGUUUCCUCCAAACAAGCAGUUGGUCAAGUUGCCUAUUAUGGUUGGGAUGACAAGAUAAAGACGAUUUGGAAAUCAAUCUGCAAAGAGAAUUGCGAGCAAAAGUUGGACCCAGUCGGUGUUCCCUACUUUGUCAAGGCAUCUGACUUGAAAGAGAUUGCCCCACUGUGGAGGACCUAUUCUAUUGCCAUUCGUCAAAACAUGAGAUUCGAUGAAGAAUGGAAGAAAAACUAUGCUAGUCUUGGCAUUGAAUGGGCCGCCGAGAUGGUUGGCUUCAAUGCUGCCUGCGCACAUCUCCAAAUCAAGACCAAGGUUGUUGACAAUCUGCAGGUGAGAGAUACCUCCACCACCCGCAACUGGCCACGAUGGUCCAAUGUACCCAUGAUCCACAUGGGACGUGCUUGGUUCCCCGACACGGAAAAGGAGCUGGCUGCUCCAUGGGUGAAUGAAGAUGAUGGAGGUUUUAGCCACAAGGGGAUUCAGGUGUGGUGCAAAUGCAAUGCCACGGCAGCCAAAGUGCAACCGUGGCCCAUGCCUGAACAGGAAAUGGACUUUGUCUCGUAUCACACGCUUCGGCUCUUGCAUGACUCUAUUGAACACUUUGGGCCUGUCCCGGUCAACGAGACGUAUCGCCUCGAGGGCAACCCGUAUUUGACUCCAAUCUAG